AUGGCGGUCCCGUUCAGAUAUCACGCCAAAGCCCAAUCCACGUUUAAGCCACCACUGAUCGCAAACGAGAAUGCCUUCCUAGGCGAUGUGUACUCGAGCGAGAAAGAGAACCCCGACAAGCCCAUAUCGGCUGGCUUCUACCGCCUGGAAAAAGGCACCCCGCUGGUGUAUGAAUACACCUACGACGAGAUGAAGAUCAUCCUUGAGGGGCAGUUUGAGAUUGCGGAUGAGACGGGGCAGAAGGUGACGGCUUUGCCGGGGGAUGUUUUUUAUUUUCCCAAGGGGGCGAAGAUUACGUUUACGACAGAGACGUAUGGGUUGGCGUUCUAUACUGGACAGAGGAAGCAGGGAGGUGCCUAG